AUGACUCGCCACCGAUCUCAUGGGCCGCCGCUCAUCGACAGCCCCUCCAAGCAGCUGAUGCUGGAUCUUGUCCGAGAUCUCGAGCAAGUUCGACUUUUCGACGAAGAUCUCAAAAAGGUCCACGCAUAUGAGAGAAAAUCAUACUACGAGAACCUCGACCGGGUCGACCGCGAACGUGAAGCCAUCCACACAGCCGCCCUCGAUGAAGUUGAGGCCAUACGCACCCGUGUCCAAGAAGAAGCUGUCACAACACUGAAUGAUCACAUUCGCGCCGAGGAGGAAGAGCGUCUGCGCAAGGAGGCCAUAGCACGAAAGGAAAAGGAACGAAUCGAGCGUGAGAAGGCCGAGAAGGAGCGAAUUGAACGAGAGGCUGCUGCGCGCGCGGAGGCCGAGCGCAAGGCCAAGGAGGAGGCUGCACAAAAGGCCAAGAAAGAGGCGGAAGCUAAAGCCGCCGAAGCUGAGCGAACACGCCAGGCUGCUCUUGACGAGAAAGCCCGCAAGGAGCGUGAACAAGCCGAGGCCGCGAAGCGCAAGGAAAUCGAAGAUGCCCAGAAGGCCAAACAAGAAGCUGAAGAGCUAGCACAAUCCAAACAGCAGCAGAAUGUUGGAGCUGGCAUCCUCUCCCCCGAAGAUAUUCAAACUCAACAACGCUAUGUGGAACUUCACAAGACCUUGAAGGAAAUGCGCAAGUGGCUGACUGGCAUGGCGAAGGGGGAGCCCGCCCUCAAGAAAGCCAUGGGAGACAUGCGUCGCUCGAUCAAGAAAUCAGUUGGACAACUUCGAAGUGGAACCGGUGCCAACAAAAACCAGAUCAACCAGAUCAAAGCAGAUCUUCAAAAUGCUUUAGCGUUCUCCCAGCCCACAGUGGACAUUGCCAAGUUCAUCGCCUUCCCUCCCCAAGAGCUGACAACCACGGAAAACAAGGCACCCGCCAUGCUCAUUUACGGUCUGAAUGUCUUCUCUAAGAGCUUGAUCUCUUCACUUCUCGCCGAGGCAGCAAUCAAGCAAUCGCACGCCGAGCCCAUCGGUAUUAUUGCAGCCCAGAUAUUUUCCCUCGACAUCUUCACCUACAAAGGCCUACACAUGUCUGAUAUCCUCUGGGCCAAAUACCGCGUCGUCUGCCCUGCCCUGUGGGGCUUCACUGGCAACGACAAGACCGAAGGUGGCCGUCGCACCCUGGGUUGGUGGCGCGAGCCCGACACCGGCUCCUGGAUCUCCGAGCAGAAUCACAUGGACCGCAUGACUGCCCUGGGUGCAGGAUAUGCAGCUAUCACUCUUCGAAACUUCGGGAAGACAACCCGCCAGAACCCAUUCCCCAAUACCCUCUUCUGGGCGACAAUGAGCAAAAUCAUGGCCAUUCCUGCUGCACAACUCCAAGAGACGCAGAUUGCUUUACUGGCAGCGCUGCUCCGGUCAUCCGGGGAGCGCAUCAUAGGCUUCUUUGGGCAGUAUGGUCUCGCUCUCAUGCACCAUGCCAUCGUCGAACUUCCCCGACAGAUCGAGCGAGAAAGCAUGGCAUUGACACAGCUGAGUACUCUUAAGGAGCUCUACAUGCGGGAGAAGAAUAUUUUGAUUUGA